ACUAUUAGUAUGUAUGCGUUGUUAAGCUGCAGAAAAAGAUACGAGAGUGAGAAGAAAAUGUAUGUGACAAGACCCCUUUCCAUGUACAAAAGGAACCCCGGUGCUCUUUCAGAGCCUCCUCCAGCAGGACCAAAUUCAGGUUAUCUUGUAAUCUUUGAUGAAGAAGCUCAGACAUACUCAUGUUUUGGUUUGUGCAAGGACUCUAAUAUCAGGGAUCUUCCCUUUCCUCAGGACAAAAAUUUAACCAUCAACUAUGGAAGUGACGAUGAAGAAGCCUUGUUUGUUCCAGUGUUGAAUCAACCACUCUCAUCAAACCGCUACUAUGUGAUAAGAAGGAGGGGGAAGCAUCAAGGAAAAGCUAGCACAAGUUCAAAGGAAGAGAACAUGGGAACCUGUUUAUGUUGCAGCUUUGUCCACGAUGUUAAACCAAGACCUUUGGAUCCCUCUGAUGUUUAUCAGCAGGUUGAAAUCAUGAAAAAGAAUUACGGUUUCCAUGCAAAGUCGGUUGCCUCAGACGGAAUUCCUUCUGGUUUAUUGAGGUAUAAAGGUUGGACAGUUUAUACUCGCACUCCCAGCAAUUACCAUUUACGUGAAGCUUUAGGCGCCAAUGAUUCCUUGCGUGCCAAGCUUCCUGGUGUCAACUUUCCACUGUCUAAUGAUAGGUCUGAAUCGGUGGUUGUUGGAAAGUGGUACUGUCCUUUUAUGUUUGUGAAAGAAGGAAUAAGACUGAAGGAACAGAUGAAGAAGUCAGUGUUCUAUGAGUUGACACUUGAGCAAAGAUGGGAGAAGAUAUUUUCGAAGGAAAACAAUGAACACAGUGGUGAGAACCAUGAUGUGUUUGUAGAUGUUGUUGUUCAAACAGAAGUUGCCAAGGUUGAAGGAAGGGAAGCUGUUUGGGAUGAGCAUGGUGUGGAUGAUGAGAAAGUGGUGUGGUUCAGGAGUUUUGGCGAUGGAGCGUCUGAAAGAAGUGUUGGACUGAGUUUGGAAAUUGUUGAUGGAAUGAAAUGGGAGCAAGAAAGAGUUGGGUGGGUUUCAGGGAAUGAAAGGCAAAUGAGAGUGGAAAGAGUGGAGAAGUUUGAAGGUGUAAUGAACAAGUGGGUGAAAUUUGGUUGCUAUGUGCUUGUAGAAAGUUUUGUAUUAAAGGCAAUGGAUAGCAGAAUGGUGCUAACUUACGAAUUCAGACACAAACAUCAAAUUAGGUGCAAAUGGGAGUGAUUGUUUUCUUUUUCUGCAUAUUUGUGUUCUUUAAUGUUUGAUUAGUUCUUGUUUUUCUUUUCUGCAUAUUUGAGUUAUAAUGUUAUUUAAUGUUGACAAAGGGAAACCAAAUCAGAUUGCCCAUUGAGAACAAAA